GAGGUUGCCCAUGUGCACGUGCGUUAUGAGCUGGUUAAUGUUUAUGAGGUUCUGCACUGAAAGUCGGAGUGUUUUAUCCAAACGCAGACACUUUCUUCUGUCUGCAGCUAAAAUGGCCACAGACUCACACUGGUUGAGUGCAGCAGAAAGAGAGCAUGUUCUGAUGGAGUUGAAGGCAACAGGAUGGGUGGAGCUGGAGGAGCGAGAUGCACUAUACAAAGAGCUGCACUUCAAAACUUUUAAUCAGGCAUUUGGCUUCAUGUCUCGAGUGGCUCUGCAGGCGGAGAAGAUGAACCAUCAUCCGGAGUGGUUCAAUGUUUAUAAUAAGGUCCAGGUCACAUUAACGACACACGACUGCGGAGGCCUGUCGAAGAAGGACAUUCGUCUCGCCAAAUUCAUCGAUAAAGUCAUUCUGACGAUGUAAUGCUUUAAAAUGGUGUCGCUUCUCUGGAUGAGUGAGUGUUUUGUGCUGAGCUCAGACUCUCAAUGAGCGCUGGACUGAUCUGGGACUUGCUGUAAAUAUAGAGGCUUAAAAAGUUUUCCCAUUAUUGUAAACAAAUCUUAAAUAAAGCACAUGAAUAUAAUUAUUAUUGUCAUUACUCCACAAGGCUGAAAAGCAUAAAAAUAACGAAUAACUCUACAAUUACAGAGUAUACAGGACACGAUAUGACCAACUAGAAAAUAGAUAAUACUAGAAAAUGACAAAGUGUGAUGAUGUGGGACUUAUUUGUGUGUGAGGAAAUUGGGUGUGAGUUGCUAUGGGCCGGAGUGGUUAAGUAACUGGACAGCGACUGGAGAAGAUGUGCUGGUCAUCACAGCCGAUGACCUUCUCAGCCGAGUGGAGCGCGAGCUGCAGUCUGGUCCUGCAGAGGGGAAGCACACUGUGAUGGAGGAGGUGAGCACACGCUCUGUAAUGGCUCAGUAAAAUCUUCUCAGGACAGGGUGAGAAAUACUGAGCUUCCUGAGCUGGUGUGAGGAUUUCUUGAGGAUGGUGGUGAUGUCAUCUCAUUUCAGUGAGUUGGUGAUGGAGAUCUCCAGGAACCUCAAAGACCCAACUUUGGACACAGCUGAGGUAUAGAUUGUCGCAGGUUGGCAGGCAGAGUGAUGCUCGCGGAAAUCAAUCAGCAGUUCAACCGUCCUGGCAGCAUUAAGCUGAAGGUUGUUAUGGACACACUUCACUUCUACAGGUAACCUCAUCGCUACAGUCGUGUCAUCCGCAAUCUUCAGUAUAUUGAUGGAUCUCUGUUGUAGUGAGAGAACACUGAGGUACUCCUGUGCUGGUUGUCAUGGGGUCUGAGAACUUCACAUAAUGUUUCCUUCCUGGCAGAAAAUUGGUGAUCCACUGAUAGGUGUUGGAGUGUAUAUUCAGCUGGAUGGGAUUGCUGUGGUGUAGCUCAGGAACAACAGUGUUGAUGAUGGUGAUCAAUGCAUAUGUGCUCAGCGUUCUCAGUUCUUGUUAUUGGUUAAAGGAACCCUGCACUUGCGAUGCUGUUUAAGCUACUGAACACAGGCAGUGUUUAUAAAACGUGUGUGUAUGUGUUUGUGUGUGUGUGUGUGUGUGUGUGUGUGUGUGUGUGUGUGAUGUGAGCACAAAUCUAAUUAUUUAUGUCUUAAACAUCUAAAUUGUGGCUGAAACCUUAAAGAAAAAUGCAGCCAACAUUGAGCUCAUCACAGAGGAAAAUGAAACGUGCAUAAAUAUAAACGCUCGCUGCCAUGAGAGAGCAUUCUGUCUGACAGCCCAUGCUUAUUUUCAUCUUAGACAUAAUUGUAAAAAGACCAAAUGUGAACUGUGUGUUCUGAUUAAAGUCCCAUUUAUCUCUGCUUUCAUUUAUGGCCUUUAUUAAUUUAAUGACAAACAGUAAUUGAUCCAGGACUCUUCUCAACUUGGGAGAAAGUAACUGGCCUAAAUGCUAAGAUGAAACAAUUGAUCCAGAAUCAGGUGGAAAAUAUUAAGAGUGUUGAAUAGUGAGUUUAGGCUUGUUGUCAUGGUUACAGGAGCAUUGGUUUAGAGAGAACUGGAUCUACAUUAAUGCUGAAAUAAGACAAUAACACACUUGUCAGCUAAACAGAGACGAGUGUUUAAUGUGGCCAUAUAUAUAAUAUAUAAUCUGACUGUGAUAUGUUAUCACUGUGUGUCGGGACUGAUAAACUACUUUACAGAAUUUACAUACUUUGUGUGUGAGAGAGAGAGAGAGACUGACUACAGAGUCAUGAUUACCAUUCAUUAUGUAUCAUUUAUUUUAAUUUUAAAUAUUAAUAGUUUCCUGCCUGAUGUUACACAGUCAUUAUUUUGAAUUCGGCUUUAGUGAUCAUCUAAAAUGCAGCAAUUUGGUAAUUGAGUGUUUCGGGUUUGUCCCAUGUGUUGUUGAGUAACUCACAGGCAUGUAAUUAUGUAUAUAGUUCUAAUUAUUUUAAUUAAUAUAUGUCCACAAUUAUGUAGUUAUAAUUAUAAGCAGAGUUAUAAUUAUGUACGUAAGUGGUUAUACGCUCAAAAAUAUAACUCAUUGGAUGAACACAAUUUCAACCCAUAAAUUUAUUCAUGCAAUGAAAUGUAAUUGAGUUGGUCUAACUUAAUUUGAUCAAAUACAUUAUAAAUUAAAUGGAUACAUUUAUAAAGUGAAAGUUUUUUAUGCUUAUUGAAAAAUGUUUUGUGGAUGGACGAGACCGAAAUAGAAUUUUUUAUUUAAAUGAGAAGCGCUAUGUUUGGAGAAAGGAAAACACUGCAUUCCAGCAUAAGAACCUUAUCCCAUCUGUGAAACAUGAUGGUGGUAGUAUCAUGGUUUGGCCAGGACGACUUGCCAUCAUUGAUGGAACAGUUAGUUCUGAAUUAUACCAGCGAAUUCUAGAUGAAAAUGUCAGGACAACUGUCAAUGAACUGAAUCUGAAGAGAAAGUGGGUCAUGCAGUGUGCCUAAACAACGAGCCUAAACACACAAGUUGUUCUAUCAAAGAAUAGUUAAAGAAGAAUAAAGUUAAUGUUUUGGAAUGGCCAAGUCAAAGUCCUGACCUUAAUCCAAUAGAAAUGUUGUGGAAGAACCUGAAGCAAGCAGUUCAUUUGAGGAAACCCACCAACAUCCCAGAGUUGAAGCUGUUCUGUACUGAGGAACGGGCUAAAAUUCCUCCAAGCCGAUGUGUAGGACUGAUCAACAGUUACCCCAAAAGUUUAUCUGCAGUUAUUGCAGCACAAGGGGCUCACACCACAUACUGAAAGCCAAGGUGCACAUACUUUUACCCCUCACAGAUAUGUUAAAUUGGAUAAUUUUCCUCAAUAAAUAAAUGACCAAGUAUAAUAUUUUUUGUCUCACCUGUUUAAUUGGGUUCUCUUUAUCUACUUUUAGAACUUGUGUGAAAAUCUGAUGAGGUUUUAAAGGUCAUAUUUAUGCAGGAAUCUAGAAAAUUCUAAAGGGUACACAAAUUGUCCAGCACUGCUGUACACGUAUGGCCUAAUGACUUGUGUAACUUGAAACAGACUAGAUUUAUCAGGUUACUCCAUGUGCUAAAUGUGCAUGGGCAAUCUGUGUAACCGCCCCUGAAACACACUGCCUAAAAUGCUGCAGAAACAAAUACCUGAUAACUAGAUGCAAUUUGCAUUCUUUACACUGCCACAUUCACAAUCCUAAAAAGAAGAAUAAAAAGUAUUAUUAGAUACCAUAUUUAACAAAUGACAUAAGUAAAUCACAUUAUUUGAUUAAAUAUGACUUACUAUCACUAGGAGGUCGUCACAUUCACUUGGUGACAUUCAUCAAACUGUGAAAGAGAAGAUUUGUAUUAGGAGUGGGAACAAGUACUUGCUUUUGUUUACAUGGUUCUAUUUUCCCCAACUCUAUAUUCACAUAAUAUAACACACUUUACACUUCUUUAAGUAAUUAAACUGAUUUCAGAUUAAUUUAAAAGGUUUAUUUGGUUUAUUUAUUGGUUUAUUUGUCUGCUCAAUAUUAAACAGGGGAUUGGAAUAGGGAGAAAACACUUAAAGCUUUUUUUUUUUUUUGCCUUUCAUGUGUAUUUAUCUGUUUUUAAUAUAUUUUACAUACUGUCCAACUGUUUUUGAAUACCUUUUAAUAUUUUUUAAAGAAAUUAAAUACUAUUGUGCUUGUGCAUGUUGAUGGUCAUUUAAAAAAAACUACAUUUAGAUCUGGUUUAUCAUGUUAGUCUGUUAACUGGUGUAUUGUACAGUAAACAGUACCACACUGGUCACAAGCACAACUGCAGAUAUAUUACUAACGUUGCACAUCAGUAUGUUUUUUUAGCAUUACUCUACAUGCAUUUAUGGAAGAGUAGAACGUAAUACAUAUUAGAUACAUUCCCCAUAAUGCAUAGAGAAAAUAAAUAAAAAAUUAAUUAGACAAAAUUUCACAGAAGACACAGAUCAAUCAUUUUAACAACUAAGGUAUUAAAUUUUAAUAUGUUGGGUAUGUGAAGUUAUAAAAUGGCGAGUAUACCACAGAACUGUCUAAGCUAAAGUGUGCAGCACUGAGGUUGAUGAGUCAAGUAUCUGUCUAGCUAGCUAGUUCUGCAAGUUGGAAAAAAGUGCUGGGACAAAAUACGAGGCAUACUUCCUUAGACUCAAACAUCUUGCCAGCCAGAAAUCAAUCUGUAUUACUAACAUUUGUUCCCUGGGCUAGCAAACUUCUGAAGUUAACUGAGUACUCCCUGACAAUGCUAAUUUGCACAUUGUGUGAGUCUGAAUUUAAGUGAAGGGACGCUUGGAACAAUUCACCUCGCUUAACUAUUUCUACACUGUUGCAUAUUUCACUCAACAUUAUGAUAUACAUAUUCUUUGACUUAAUUCUUAACUACAACAAUUCAUAUUUACCAACAAGAAGUAUCCAAAAGCAGGAUUAUCAGCCACAUUGGUCCUUGCAGAGCUAGGAUGAGAAAAUGGCGGUCACACACUGUGAGCACGAUGUCUGAUCCUGUCUUGCACAUGCGCAAAUGACACUCCCCAAAUGAAUUUAAUUUGUAUUAACCAAAUUGAAAUAAAUCUCAUAGAUGACACUAUUUAUACAUUGUUGUUGGACUAGUUAAAUGUACAUAUGUAUUACUCCUAAUUGGAUAUGUUUAAAGAAAGUGAAACAUUUUUAAUGUCAUGUCUUUUAAGGCCCUGAAUAUUUUUUUUG